GAUUGCAUUGCUGAACGCGUAUUCACUACAUAAAAAUCAUAAUUGAAGGAAAAUUUGCGGAAAAGUGAACUAAACGCACAAUCACACAACAAAGAAGAAAAAUUAUAAAUUCCAAUUAGCUUUUGAUAAAAAACUAUUACCAAUCCGCACAGAAAAAAGCAUUUAGUUAAUCAAUUGUUUCUUUUCCGUCUCUUAUAUCGAUUUCGUGUGGGAUAAUCUCAGUUCCCCGCCAGUAGCAAAAUGCAAGCAAUUAAGUGCGUCGUGGUAGGCGAUGGUGCGGUGGGUAAGACUUGCUUACUUAUCAGCUACACAACAAAUGCCUUUCCUGGUGAAUAUAUCCCCACUGUGUUCGAUAAUUACUCGGCAAAUGUAAUGGUUGAUGCAAAACCCAUUAAUCUUGGACUUUGGGAUACUGCCGGACAGGAAGAUUACGAUCGGCUACGUCCAUUAUCCUAUCCACAAACUGAUGUUUUUCUUAUCUGCUUUUCUUUGGUGAAUCCAGCGUCAUUUGAGAAUGUGCGUGCUAAGUGGUAUCCGGAAGUGCGUCAUCAUUGCCCUAACACGCCCAUUAUAUUGGUGGGUACCAAACUGGACUUGCGCGACGAUAAAAACACUAUUGAGAAACUGCGUGACAAAAAACUUGCACCUAUAACUUAUCCUCAAGGAUUAUCUAUGGCCAAAGAAAUUGGUGCUGUUAAAUAUUUGGAAUGCUCGGCACUCACGCAAAAAGGUCUAAAAACAGUAUUUGAUGAAGCCAUACGCUCCGUCCUUUGUCCAGUGCUGCAGCCCAAAUCGAAACGUAAAUGUACGUUACUCUAAUUUGCCGCUACAUCAAGCCGUGCGUCGCAUAGUGGACGUCGGAAACCGAGCGACAGCCAAAAUAAUUGAAGUUUAAACGGGAAAACGCCCAUCGCAUGUAAACAAUUUAAUCGAAAACAAAGAGAAAAAUCAAAAUAACCAAAAAUUAAUUAAUAUAAUACAUUUGAAACAUUUGGAGCGAUAUACCCUUCGUGUUUUGAUGAAUGCGUAAUCUAACAUCAUCUAUAAAAAGCUAUUGCUCCCAACAAAAUCCCACAGACAACCGAGUUUUGAUGUUAAAUGUUGUCAAUAUCGUCUAUAAAAUUUCUUUACUAAUAUUAAAUAGAAAAGCUAUUGCUUGUGCUUUUACAAAUGACAGAUCGAACAGACAUUUGUUUCCACAUAACGCCAUAUAUCUAUCUUGGCGUCGAUGCACAAUCGGAGCGAAUGACUAAUUGCAUUAAUUUUAUUAUUUAAGCUAUAAUUCCGGGAGCUGAAUAAAUAAUCGCGAUAGUGACUAUUCUCUUAGAAAUAGUCAAAUAGCAGUUUCAUAUACUAAGGAUGAAAAAGGAUAUAUAGUUUAAAUUACCAUUUUUCUUGAAUAUUUGUGAAAAUUAUCUCAACAUUUUUCGUGCUUAUUUAGUAUUAUGUGUAACUUUUGUUGCUUCAUUGAAAAUAAACUAAAAUUAUCUUUUCUUGCACAUUGAUUUAAAACUAAAAGUUUUGAUGUCAGUUAAAAAAUAAAAUCGCAAAGGCUAUAAUCCAAUUGCUCUGGAAUAAAUAGAUUAGAUAUUGGUUACAAACAAUGAAAAUGAUUAAUCUUUUAUAUUAUAAAAGUGCUUUUUUAAUUAAAAUUAUAUAAAAUAAAAUGUGUAAAUCAAAAAUUAAUGGGUUGAAGAGUGGUAGAAAUGAAAUUAAACCAAAACAGAAAAUGAUUCAUGAAUAACUAAAAACAUAUGUAUGUAAUUGAAUUCAAAAUGGAAAUGUGUUGGUACAGUUCAUAUAGAAUAAUAGGCAUUCAUGUUUAUCUACUAAUAUUUGCCGUAAACCAAAUGUUAGCGAACUAACCAAAAAUUAACUACGAUUGAAAAACGAUGAAAGUUUAUAGAACUCACAUGCGGAUAUACAAAACUAAUAAAAUGUUUGCAAAUUGUAUGUAUAAUCUAUUGUAGUUGUAUUUAAUACCAAAAUAUAUAUGCAGAUGCUCAUAUGGAAUCGGAAAAUCACAAGUGGUUGAAUUUCCAUGCUUGUGUACAAUUUGUAAUGCGUUUAAAUAAUUAUGUAUUUCUAUGCGUAAGUUUAAGUACGAAUCAUCGAUACAUAUUCAGACAACUAACUAUAUACAUGCAGAUAAGUAAAUCUUAUGAUUACUACAACUGAAAAAUUAAUUGAAGUUAGUUUCAUUACAUAUUGAUGGAAUUAACAAUACUAAUUGAAUGUGUGUCUCUGAUAAAAAAUAAAUUAAUUAAAAAUUCGUAAAAUAA